AAUCUCGAUGAAUGUUUAUCAUCCCUUUGUAUAACUUGCGUAUUUAAAUCAAGAGCAAUCAAAGAAGUUCAAAAUAAUAUAAGAGUACGAUUAUAUGGACUUAGUAAUGGUCUUAUGUUGAAAACGACUGAGAAAAAUGAGCUUAAUUAUGAAGAAGUAGAACAUACCAAAGAUGUCUAUCCGGAAGAAACCAAGUUUGGAAUAAAGAAAAAUAUUGAACACAAGACAGAGAGAACUCUUAAAUCUAUUAAAUGUGCCAAUAGUGUUUGUAAGACGACGCAAGCUUCACCAAUAAGAAAUGCUGAAGAGAGCGGAAUUGUUCCGCACAUAUGGAAUAAUUCGCUUACAACUUCUAUUGAAGGGUCCAAUUCAAACAUUCCCCUAUCUAAACAUCCGUACCAUCCCUCUUCAAAUAAGUAUUUUGACAAACACCGUAUUAUCGAUAAAUCCGUUGCCAAAGUUAUGACAUCGGACAAUAGAAAUACUGUCCAAUCGAAAAAUUUUGAUAUGAGCGAGAAUGUACACGUGCCAUCAAUACAACAUCUGGAAUCAAUGAUUACAGAGUAUACUCCUGGGCUACAAACUUCCAUGCCAUUGCGGGAAAAUGCUGAGUUAAUAGGAAGACCCAUACCGAGUUCACAGCUAUCGUCUUGUUCAAAUUCAACGUACUCGCAGAAUGGUGCCAGCCAUUCAAUGCUACAAGUUAUUCGGGAACGCUCUGAAUCUGUUUUGAUUACAGAAUCUGGCGGGAAAAUUAACAACUAUAAACGUUCUUCGCUCCCGCAAACCCAGAGAUUGUGUCAAUACUGUGGUAAAAGCUAUAUACGAAAAGACCACCUUACCAAACAUGUAAGACGCUGUCGCAAUCUGUUUGCACGAAGCUUGCCAUCUUUGGCUACCACUAGCGAAGAAAAUAAAGGAAAUGUUAGUUCCAAGCGCUUUCUAAUCAAUGGAGUGAACAAUUUUAUCUCUCAAACCACCUUUGAGACGUUGAAGCGAGAACGAAAAUUUCAUUGCACCGAAUGUUUAGCAACGAUGAAUAGCUUAACACAGUUGCGGCAGCAUCGUGCCACACAUUUGCGAGAGUAUAUUUGUGAUAUGUGCAAUAAAAAAUUUAGUACUUUGCAUGAACACGAUUUUCAUCGCAUCGUUUGUUUGGCAGAAAGGCAGGUAUGGCAGGAACAGCAUCUUAAUGAAGAUGAAAAAGGACUGCCACUAAAUGAUGACAAUAAAUCUAUUGUCCGAUCCCAGCGAUCAUUUAUAAAAUCAACGGCUAGUCGUCGGAUAACACGCGCUCAAAGUAGAGCCAGGACGAAAGUGGUGGAAAAGCCGGUAUUACGGCGCAGAUUAACAGUGUUAACUAGCUUGUCACAGUACAUAUAUGGGCACACUGAUAAUGAGAAUAGUGACCUUGAUGGUUGCGACUUAGGCAAUGAUGACGAUGAUGAUGUUUCCGUAGCAGACUCAAUGGAGUCAAAUCGGAGAGUCUACACUGAUGAUUGGUUAGAUAGACGCAAUUCGAAUGAAAAUUUAGAUGUACCAACAAUGCAAAUUGAUAGUGAAAAGGAGUAUGAUCUUUACCUUCUGGAAAGGCUAAAAGCUCAGAUAAAAGCUCAAGAGUUUACUUGCUUAUCCGAAGACUGCGGUUUCUUCACUGACACAUUGUUGAACCUAAUGCUACAUGAUUAUGUUCAUCAUUUCAAAAGCUCUUGGUUUUAUUGUCAGAAAUGUGGUAGCGUUUUUACAAGCAAAGUUUUCUUGGACUACCAUCUGGAUCGUCAAAAUGGAGGUCGAUUUAUUUGCUAUAAGUGUAACGAACAAUUCAUGUUUCAACAUCAGUUGGAUUUGCAUCUAAUAGCACACACCAAGCAGGUAAGCCAUGCUUGCGACAACUGCAAGUGCGAAUUUCUCACCGAAGGAAAACUGCUUCAACAUAUAAAGCUUGAACACAACAGUGAAAUAGAAAAGAAAUUAAUAUGCAUUCAAAGUAAAACAACGUUCGCAUCCUCCCGGCCAUUAUACGAAAAUGGGUAUCCAAAUGGAAAACAAAAUAGAAAAUAUACCGUAAACAUACUAAAUAUGCGUCUACCGCGAAUGCCAUCUAAAAGACCCUUGGAACUGCCGGGACAUAAACCAUACCGUCGCCGUAUUGGCGUCAUUGAAUUUGAGAAUGAGAGAAAUCCAAAUUGUUGUAGUUGUAAAUAGUACUGACAUAAUCGGGAGCAAUGUCCACCGGAAGCUAUGCAAACAUAUUUUUUCUAUAAGGUCAAUCCUAGCUUAAAAAUUUACGCGAGGUUUAAAGAAGACCAAAUACUUGAUGGUACAAAACUUCGAUACUUUUAAUGUUACUAUCGUAAUAUGCAAGUCAUUUUGCUGCAAGUGUAAAUCAGCUCGAAUACGUUUAUUUUAACUUUUCUGAACCAAGUUCGUCGCUAGCAUCAAAAUUUAAAGAAUUGCGAUCCAUUUAUUUCGAAUUAUAAAUGGCUAAGAAUUGCAUGAACUAUUUAUAUUUUUGUUUUUACUUAUUAGGUAGCAACAUUUUUUUUUUUGGAGUAAAUGUGCUGCUGCCUUUUUAAAUGUUAAAUCAGUAGGAUAGCUUUUAGUAAAAAGUAUUUCCAACUGCAGCUUUUUUGAAAACCAUUGAAUCUGUUCAUUAGAUACUUAGGAAAAAAGGCUUCAUUUAACACUAAAUAUUUAAAAUUCACUAGUUUUGCUGUACCCAAUUUUGUUAUUAAAAUAUUAUAGUCGUGAACCAAGGCCAGUUCAUAAAAAGGGGAUGUUGUUAGACCAGCUUAUUUCUUCGCCUUGUUCUUGCUUUUACUGAUUUGACAGUACACCCGUCAAAAUCGAGUUAACUUUGACAGCUAACCCGCAAAAUCAAAAACAAGAUACAUGGAAUUGUUGUUUUUGUAUUCUUGCUACCACCUUUUAUAAACUCGCCUUGGUCGCGAACUUUAAUCCAGCCUUGUGACCACGCAGGCUUAAAGAAGUCUGCACCCUUCAACCUUAAUUAAAAAUUCAAGAGAAAUGAUUAAUAAAAGCAUACACAUACAGACAUCAGCGUUGAUCCGGAUCAACUCGUUAACUCGGGAUUAACUGCACUUUACCCGGAUUAAGUCCAGAGAUAAUUCUCAAAUUGAAUGCGGAUCAGUGGAAUUUUCGUUGACAGCACAGACCAAAACGGCCAGAUAAAUUCCAUUGUGAAUGUAAACUAAACAAAGGAAACAAAGCCAGUGAAUGUCGUGUGAGCGGUAGCCCAGUGGUCAUAACUGUGUACUACUCGUACCACUCAACGGAGCCAGGUUCACUCCUGGGGAUGAGCUUUUUCCAAAAAUUAAAUUUCUUAUUUUUUAUUGUUAUUUUAUUUUGUACAUAAACAUAUUUAUACGUAUACACAGAACCAAAUCGCUGUGCGAAUUUCGUCGGUCGGAGCGAUGCCGCCGGGUGAUAUUCGCUGCAACAUUUCGCCCAGUAAAACAGAAGGAAAGGAAAAGGAAAAUCACAUCAAUUGAAUGGCAAACAAAAAAUAUUAAAAUAGAAAAGCGAAAAGAUGAAUCACCAAAUUUUGCCAUUCUGACUCUUGCUGAUAACUAUCUGCUAGAAAAAUGGGGAAACAAAGCUACUUUCCCACUGAGAGCUGAUU